AUGAACGCAAUCGUCAAUCCAGACGAGGACACCGAGUUCCACGACGCCCUUCGCAAGCACGGCAUCAUCCCUCCCAAAGCUCCUUCUCGCUCUCCCUCUCCCGAACUUCCCACAGCUUCCGAGCGUCGCCAAACAACUCUCCAGAAUGCCUCGCUAGCCGACAUCGACCGUCUUCUCGACUCCGAGGGAGAUCGACGCACAGGUGCCGCGGGGGACGAGGAGGAGCGACUGCUACUCAACCUCAGGAGACAGCGCAUGGAAGCUCUAGCGCGAGAGAGGAAAUUGGGCCGCUUCGGAAGGGUGUACCCUAUUUCACGACCGGACUAUACACGAGAGGUAACAGAGGCUUCAAAGGUCGACCUGGAGGCAGAUGCAGAGAGUGAUGGUGAAGAUGAGGAAGAGGACGAUGGAAGGGCAGAGACUGGUGCUGGAACCAUUGGGGGAAGCGAAACCAGCGCCAGCAACAAUAAAAAGGAGCGCAAAGGAACAGGCGUAGUUUGUUUCCUCUACAAGGACAGUAUCGAGGAGUGUCGCCUCCUUGCUGGAUAUCUAGAUCAACUAGCUGCAAAGCACCCCGCGACCAAGUUUGUCUCCAUCGUAGGGGAUCAGUGCAUUCCGAAUUACCCAGACCGCAAUUUGCCUACGCUGCUGGUGUAUAGGAAUGGAGAAUUGCACAGACAGAUCAUUGGGCUGAGACCAGAGAUUGGGUUGGAUGGAAUGAAGACAAAAUGCGCAGAUAUCGAGCUCCUCCUCACAGCAAUAGGCGUAAUCGACCCAUCUACCGUCCCUGGCUCCACCUCGCAACUCGACGCCGAUGAGAGGAGCAAGAGCGAUGCACAACGUCAAGAUCGCGCAGAAGUGGAAGACGAAGACGAGGGCUUUGGCGGAAACAAUCGAAAGUACCAGAGACCGAGUGUGAGGAGUCAGGAGGAUGAGGAUGCUGAUUUGGAUUGGGACUUGUGA